AGCUGUGCAACUUCCUAGAACUUCACUAGCUCUAAAUUAAGCUUAGCAGCUGAGAGAGAGACGGCAUUUUUAUUGCUGCCUUUGUCUCCCCCUUCGAACUUAUACAGAAACAUGGAUGCAAAAGUCCUCUCCUCCGGAGUCAGACUCAACGUGCCGGAAAGCUAUGUCAGACCAGAAUCCGACCGGCCUGGCUUGUCCGAAGUGUCUGAAUGCCAAAACAUUCCAGUCAUUGACCUGGCUUCUCCUAACAGAGCCCAAACUGUGCAGCAAAUUGGCGAUGCUUGCAAAAAUUAUGGCUUUUUUCAGGUUAUUAAUCAUGGGGUGUCAACGGAAGGAGUGGAAAAAAUGGUAGGGGUGGCCAAUGAGUUUUUUAGCCUUCCUGUGGAGGAAAAGUUGAAGUUGUACUCAGAUGAUCCCUCAAAAACCAUGAGACUUUCAACAAGUUUUAAUGUGAACAAGGAGAAGGUUCAUAACUGGAGAGAUUAUCUUCGACUCCAUUGCUAUCCUUUGGACAAGUACGUUCCUGAGUGGCCCUCCAAUCCUUCUUCCUUCAAGGACACUGUGAGUAGUUACUGCACAGAGGUUCGAGAACUUGGAUACAGGUUACAGGAAUUAAUAUCAGAGAGUUUAGGGCUGGAGAAAGAUUACAUAAAGAGCGCACUGGGCGAGCAAGGACAGCACAUGGCGGUGAACUUUUACCCGCCGUGUCCCCAGCCCGAGCUGACUUAUGGACUGCCGGGCCACACCGACCCAAAUGCCCUAACAAUUUUGCUCCAAGACCUUGGAGUUGCUGGCCUUCAAGUUCUCAAAGAUGGCAAAUGGGUUGCUGUCAAUCCCCACCCUAAUGCCUUUGUCAUUAACGUUGGUGACCAAUUACAGGCCCUAAGUAAUGGAAUUUACAAGAGUGUGUGGCAUCGAGCCGUUACCAAUACUGAGAGAGCAAGACUCUCAGUAGCUUCAUUCCUCUGCCCACAAGACGAUGCUCUAAUAAGCCCAGCAAAAGCUCUCACAGAGGAUGGAUCUGCAGCCAUAUAUAGGGGAUACACUUAUACUGAGUAUUAUAAGAAGUUUUGGACUCGGGACUUGGAGAAAGAUCAUUGUUUGGACCUUUUCAAGAUCCAGCAACAGCCCUAGCCUAUAUAUACGGGCCUUUAAGGAAGGGGUUCCUCAUUUUUCAAAUAAAAAAUAGGUACACCCUCUUGACCGUUAGAUUUGGCUUUAAUGAAAUUCUGUGGUUGAGAUUAAAUUACAGACCACAUAAUCUUAAACACAUAAUUUCAUUAAAGCCAGAUCUAAUGGUCAAGAGAGUGUUCCUAUUUUUUAUUUUUUUUAAAGGGAAUCCCUUCCCUUAAAGGCUUCCUCUCUCUCUCUCUCUCUCUCUCUCUCUCUCUCUCUCUCUCUCUCUCUCUCUCUCUCUCUCUCUCUAUAUAUAUAUAUAUAUAUAUAUAUAUAUGCGUUUGUAUUCAAUAACGUUAUUUAUAUGCAAAAAACUAAUCAUAUUGCUGAGUACUGAUGCACUUUAAAAUAGGAGUGGACUCUGCAAUUGUACGUGGAACAUGCAUGUGUUAGAGAAUCUAUAACAAUGGGGUCAA